GGCAGUUUUAUUUGCAAUCUUGGGGGCGGGAAAUCAAACUGCCUUGUUUCCUUUUCUAGAGUUUUCCAUAAUAUAUAAAUGGUUUUCCCUUCAAAUCAAAAUACUAUCUUCAUCCCUCUCCCACUUUACCGCCUAUGGCCCCUGGUUUUUCCCUCUCUCUCUACCACCCUUUUCAAACCCCCAUCCACCGUUAUCCUCUGACUUUUACUUCCAUCUUCUGCCCUUAUCUAUUCAUCUCUGUCCUCUUCCAGAUCCGUUAUUUGCUACCCCUCUCUAUUAACCCUCUUGCAUGCCGGAAAUAGGAUUCAGUUUCAGGAUUGAUCAAAUGACAGUUGAAGCGGCGGGUUUUGUGAGAAGAUCGGAUGAAGCUUCGCACCAUGUUGAUAAGGUGAUAAAGAAGAGGAGAGGUCGGAAGAGGCUCAGGAUUCAAUUGAGGCGCCCCUCGAAUGCUGGGACUCUGCAGCACCUCUUUCACUGUUGCCAAACACUUUUCAAGGGCCCCGGCACUGUUCCUUGUGCUUCUGAUGUGCAAAAUUUGUGUCGUAUUCUCGAUGGUAUGAAACCCGAAGAUGUAGGACUUAGCAAGGAUCUACACUUCUUUAAACCAAAGAGCGAGAUCGACGGGGCUCCGCGAGUAACCUCAGCAACCAUCUACAAAUGUGACAAAUUUGAGUUGUGCAUAUUCUUCCUCCCUGAAACUGCAGUCAUACCUCUUCACAAUCACCCUGAAAUGACUGUUUUCAACAAGCUGCUCUUGGGGACAAUGCACAUUAAAGCGUAUGAUUGGGUUGAUCCCCUCACUUCUGAUUGCUCAUUAUCAAAUUCUAAACAUGUGGAUGGAAGUUCUGUGCGAUUAGCGAAGCUAAAAGCCAACAGAAGGUUCACAGCCCCAUGCGACACUUCUGUAUUAUAUCCAACUUCAGGAGGAAAUAUCCAUGAAUUUACUGCAAUAACACCAUGUGCCUUUCUUGAUGUAAUCGGACCUCCAUAUUCUAAAGAUGACGGUCGUGAUUGUACAUUUUACCAAGAAGUUCAUGCUUUACCGGACACUGAAGAAUUUAGGAAGCUUAAAGAAGAUGGGUAUGAGUGGCUAAGGGAAACUGAAAUCCCUAAGGAGUCGGAGAUGGAUGGAAUCGAGUAUAUGGGUCCACAGAUUAACAAGCCUUCUUCUACCUAACACAUUUCCACGCACUUUCUUUCUAUAGAGCAGCACGUUUAAUAUCUUGUUUCUUUUUGUAUAUAUACAUUGUGCCCCUUUGUAGAUCAAUGGAAAAGAAAAGUCGUGAUUACA